GGCAGGGCGGGCUGUCAUGGAGGGCUGAGGGGCUGACCGACCGACCGACCGACCGUCUGACUGACCGACCGACAGACCGACUGCCCGCCGCGCCAUGGACACGGUGCAGCUGCGGCACCCGCGCCGGCAGCUGAAGAAGUUAGAUGAAGACAGUUUAACCAAACAACCUGAAGAAGUAUUUGAUGUAUUGGAGAAGCUUGGAGAAGGUUCCUAUGGCAGUGUCUUCAAAGCCAUCCAUAAAGAAACGGGUCAAGUUGUUGCCAUUAAACAAGUUCCUGUGGAAUCCGACCUGCAAGAGAUUAUAAAAGAAAUAUCCAUAAUGCAGCAAUGUGACAGUCCUCACGUGGUGAAAUAUUAUGGCAGCUAUUUUAAGAACACAGACCUGUGGAUAGUCAUGGAAUAUUGCGGCGCUGGAUCCGUCUCUGAUAUUAUUCGGUUACGAAACAAAACUCUCACAGAGGAGGAAAUUGCUACAAUAGUGCAAUCAACACUGAAAGGACUAGAGUACCUGCAUUUUAUGAGGAAAAUACACAGGGACAUCAAAGCUGGAAAUAUAUUGCUCAAUACAGAGGGACAUGCUAAGCUUGCAGAUUUUGGAGUGGCAGGACAACUUACAGACACCAUGGCAAAGCGGAACACAGUGAUAGGGACCCCAUUUUGGAUGGCUCCAGAAGUGAUUCAAGAAAUUGGGUAUAAUUGUGUGGCAGACAUCUGGUCUCUGGGAAUCACUGCAAUAGAAAUGGCUGAAGGAAAACCACCCUAUGCAGAUAUUCAUCCUAUGAGGGCAAUUUUCAUGAUUCCUACCAAUCCACCUCCAACAUUCAGGAAGCCAGAGCUCUGGUCAGAGAAUUUCACAGACUUUGUCAAACAGUGUCUGGUGAAGAGCCCCGAGCAACGUGCCACUGCCACACAGCUGCUGCAGCACCCAUUUGUUAAAAGUGCCAAAGGAGUGUCGAUUCUGCGAGACUUGAUUAACGAAGCCAUGGAUAUCAAGCUGAAACGUCAAGAGGCACAACAACGUGAGCUAGAUCAGGAUGAUGAAGAAAAUUCAAAUCCCCCUUAUAGAAAGUUUCUGCUACACAAGAGCAACCGACAGAAACCUGAGGAAGAAGAUGAAGCUGAUUCAGGUACCAUGGUGAGGGCUAGUGGAGAUGAGACUGGCACCAUAAGAGCUGUCAACACGAUGAGUGAUGGAGCCAACACCAUGAUAGAACAUGAUGGCACCUUGGAAUCCCAGCUGGGGACAAUGGUCAUCAACACAGAAGAGGAAGAGGAGGAGGGCACCAUGAAAAGGAGGGAUGAAACGAUGCAGCCAGCCAAACCAUCAUUCCUUGAAUAUUUUGAACAGAAGGAGAAGGAGAAUCAAAUCAAUAACUUUGGGAAGAAUGUGUCUGGCCAGACAAAAAACUCAUCUGAAUGGAAAGUGCCACAGGAUGGAGACUACGAAUUUCUAAAGACAUGGAGUGUGGAUGAGCUCCAGAGGAGGCUCUCAGCCCUGGACCCCAUGAUGGAGCAGGAGAUUGAAGAAAUCCGCCAGAAGUACCAGUCCAAGCGCCAGCCCAUCCUCGAUGCCAUCGAAGCCAAGAAGCGGCGGCAGCAGAACUUCUGAGCCACUGGUAGAAUAUUCUUCCAUCCUCAAACAAUCACCUCCUUGCUUUGAUGACUACUAAACAGAUUGAUUUCUAUUGAAAUAUGCUAGUGAAAUAGAGGGCAAUACUUCUGCUCAUUUAUUUUUUUCCAUAGCACCUUUCUGAACUCAGGAAUGCCGUGAAGUGGGAAAUCCUGAUGGUAUGUUUUAAUGUUAGACAUAUAUUUAAAACAUUAUUCCUGCAGGAGUUUUGUUACUGUGUUGGUUUUUUUUUUUAGUGGGACUGUUUUUAAAUCAGAGGAACAGAUAGAAAUAGGCUCAUGGAAGUUGGCUCACUCUCUUUUCAGCUGAACUCUCAGUAGUCCAUUUUGUUUUAAGUUAAUAUGGAUUGUGGUAUUUAACAGCUGCCUCUGCUGUGUUUUGUUUUUGUUUUUCUUUGUGGAUGCACAGACUCAAUUUCAAGCUGUUUGUUGUAUCUUCCUACUUUUAAGGUACUGGUAAGUUUUGGGUCACUGAAGAGACCAGGUGAGAACAUGUUGCAAACUGUUCCAGCCUUUUGAAAGAAACUUAAAUCUCAAUUUUUAAAAAAGCCUGUGAUAAGCCCCAUGCCUUACACUGUGUGCUUUGAGCAAGUGUGGUUACUUCAAGACCUCAGUUUUGUCCUCUUUUUUUUGUGUACUUUAUGAAUGAACAUGAGAAGUUAAAGCAUGUCGUGCCUCCCUUGGAAAUUACAUCCUGUAAUUUAAAAUCCACGCUGACUUAAAACCAAAAAGCUAAUCAGUGAUCUGAUUCCCCUUCAUCUGUCUGUUUGGAAAUGUCCUUCAGGAAGACCCUGAUGGUGAAGUGUUGGGAAAAGGAAGCAGUAUUUGAAUGGGUGGAAGUUGUGUGAACCUCUCUCAGGAAUUAGGUACUUCUGCUGUGUCUGAGGGGAGUUAAAAAUCUCCACAGUUUGUGAAAUGUUUUAUAGGCUUCAUUUCAGAUUUACAUCUUUAGGUGCUUGAAUAGAAACUUAAUUUCACAAUCCUUCACAUUUCUGCAAGGUUUAGCAUGUCAGAAAAGUUGAACUGAAACUAAAAACUUUGUUGAAUUAACAAAGAUGUGCAUUUAGGGUGGUGGUGCAAAGGCAGAGUUGAUCUAGAUGAGAAGACAAUGACUAAUGUUCUCCUGGAAGAGAUUCAGUCUCUUCCAGUUCCUCUGGAUGCUCUUGUCUUCCUUAUACUUCCCUGCCAUUCCUGCCCAGUAGAGCUCAAUCAAUGAAAAUGCCCCAGCGUGUACAAUCGCUGUGAGGAUGGUGCAAUUAACUCACACCAGUAGAGUGGGAAGUAAAACAAAAUCAGCAGAGAGCCCAGUUGCAGGGCAGAGACCAAGUGAUGCCUCUGCUCAUGGCCUGUCACAUGGCCCCCAGGCAGGUAGUUUCAGGUGUAUCUAGUGGAUGAUGAAAUCUUGGGACAGAGCAAGUAUUCACCAUUUUAUUUUUAUUUUGCUCUGCUAGAGGGACCAGUUUCCAUGUCCUCCUUCUGAGGCCUUGGUCCAUCACCUAGAUAAUUAAGCUACAUAGGAGUGUCUCCUGGAUGAAAUGCUGCUAGGGAGGUGCUCACUUCACACCUCUGUGGGCUCUUUUUGUUUCCCCUUGGAGCAGCCUCUUGGCUCCUGCUAACAGGUAUACUCCAUUGCUGUGAAAGGAACCAAGCCAUUUUUUCCCCCUCUGUGGAUCUGGUUGCAUCAGUUUGUCCCAGUGUGACAGGCAGUGCCAGCACAGCAGUUCCAGAGAGCAGCAAUCCAGCUGUUCCUGUGGGAAAAGGAAGGCAGCAAGCCAGGUAUCUAGGGGGGCUGACAUAGCAGGAUAUCCAGGGAUAGCCAACUGUUUGAUAGCCUCACGUGUUGGGAAAGUUUUGAAUUGGGAAAGCCAGGUAGUUAAAAGUUUUGUUGUUGUUAAUGGACUAAAAACCCUUAGUGAACAUCAGGGCUCACACGGUGCUUGUCUGAAGUCUGUGCUGUAUGUUUGGCCCCCUAAACCUGGUUUUUAUGAGCAGUAUUUGUGAGCACCUGUUGCAUCAGAGAAGAUCCCACAACUUAGGAGGGAGUUCUCUGGUCAAGUGUGGGAUCUGGUGUUAGUCAUUGGGAUGGAUCUGGCCCAACACACCUACUGGGAUUGACAUGGACGUGGUGAAUGCUGCACUGCCUGCGUGUGGUGUGGGUCAAGCAGAUUCUGCUGGGAGUAGUUUUACCUCUGCACUGUGUAGGUGACUUUCUAGUGAUAUGGAGGGCAUUAGAAAACCCAAGUUUGAGGUGAAACACCACAGGGUGGUGUCUAUUUACGGAAUAUGCAACCUGUGACUGCUGUAACUGAAUGUAAGCACUCAAAAUAAUCUGCUUUGCUGAUGUGAUUGUCUUAAAAUACAGCAAAUGAACCAAAAGAAGUAAAACUGGUCCAAUGGUUUAACUGUCUUUGAACCUUUCUUAAAUGCUUGCAGUUGCUGAGACGCGGGCAUGUGUCUUGCACUUGGAGCUCUAAUGCAGAGGAAUUAUUUUCUCCUUCACUGAUUUUCAAUCUGUUAGAGAAAAUAAUUCUCUUUUUGGUCCCUUCAUAGAGUGUCUGGGAGCAUAAUACCUUCCUAGAGUCCUCCAGGCAAAGACUGAGGCUCAUAGCCUAAGGAAAAGCUGUUCUGACAAAGUUUGUAAGCAAAAUGGUUGAUUAAUUGUGAAACUGCAUUCAUGUGCUCCCACCUGCACUGCUGAAAGUGUUCUGGACAAACCAUUAUCUUUGCUUCUGAAACCCAGAGAUGCUGAUGGUGCCAGUCAUGUGAGACUUAAAAAUGUGAAGUUUGUAGCUUUAACUUCUUUUGUAACAAAGAAACUCGCAACACUGGCAUAAAGUGCUAACUUGAAAUGCUAUUUUGUAAGAUCUGGCUGUUUGUAUAUAAUAGUGUUGGGUCAUUAGUUUGUAUAUGUAUGAAAUAGUAACUUUUAUUGCAUUCCUCUGAGUUUGAUACAGGAGAUUUUGUUUGAUCUUCCACAAAUAUCUUGCCUUAUUUGUUCAAAGGGGCAAAUAAACUGUCCUUACCUGAAA